CCCAUGCCAAGGGUCCAGCCCCCAGCCCUGAGCCCGCCGAGCCCCCCCGGUGCCAUGAUGCUGCCGGUGAGCUACCGCCUGUCCAACACCCGCCUGGCCUUCUUCCUCAAGGAGGUGGGGGCCAGCCCCCCGGGCAACGGCAGCGCCCCGCUGCAGCGCUCCGAGCCCUUCGUCGUCUUCCAGACCAAGGAGCUGCCCGUGCUCAACGUCACCCUGGGACCCUUCAGCACGGGGCUGGUGCUGCCCAAGGAGCACCUGCAGCCCUCCAGCACCCUGGAGGUCCCCGACCGCCUCACGGUCAACUGGAAGGUGCGCGCCUUCAUCAUCCAGCCCCGCCUGGUGGCCAGCCAGCCCGUGGUCCAAGUGCUCUUCUACGUGGCCGGCCGGGAUUGGGAUGACUUCGACGUGACCGACCGCCUGCCCUGCGUGCGGCUCCACGCCUUCCGCGACGCCCGUGAGAUCAAGAGCUCGUGCCGGCUGCGGGGCAGCCUGGCCACCUGCCUGGUGCAGGCGGAGCUGCCCCGCGCCUGGUUCGGCCCCGGCGCCGUGCCGCUGGGCAGGAGGAAGAGCCCCGAGAGCGUGGAGGUGCCGGGCGAGAGCCAGCAAGCCGAGCUCUACUACACCCUGCACGCCCCCGACGGGGCCGGCCAGUGCCUUGGGGACACGGUUUUGUCAUCGUCCCCCCGCCGCGGGGCGCCGGGGGGGGCCAGGACCGAGGGGCCCACGCAGCACCCGCUGCUGCGCAUCGGCAGCGUCAGCCUCCUGCAGGCGCCCCCCCGCCAGCCCAUGCAGGAGCACCGGCUGGAUGGGAACGUCUUCAUCCGGCUGCCCGACAAGCCGCUGAAGCCUGGCGAGGUGCUGAGCAUCCUUCUCUACCUGAUGGCCAACUCCACGGUGGAGCACUUCACCCUCAGGGUGAAGGCCAAGAAAGGCGUCAACCUGCUCAGCACCAAGUCGAGGAGCGCGCAGUGGCUGGUGAGCUCGGAGCUGCUGACGGGUGGCAAGCACUCCACCGCCACCGUCGACGUGGCCAGGGCGGAGGGCGCUGGGCCCAGGGAUGGGGACACCUCCUCCGAGGUCAUGCAGCUGGAUUUCGAGAUGGAGAACUUCACCAGCCAGUCGGUGACGCGCCGCAUCAUGUGGCACAUCGACUACCGGGGCCGCAACCCCCCUCCCGACCUGGAGAAGGUGGUGACGGAGCUGACGGUCAUCCAGAGGGACAUCCGGGCCAUCGUGCCCCUGGCCAUGGACACGGAGAUCAUCAACACGGCCAUCCUGACAGGCCGCACCGUGGCCAUUCCCGUGAAGGUCAUCGCCAUCGAGCUGAGCGGCAUCAUCGUGGACGUCUCGGCCAUGGUGGAGUGCAAGUCGAACAAUGAAGACAUCAUCAAGGUCUCCAGCAGCUGUGACUACGUCUUCGUCAGCGGGAAGGAGUCGCGGGGCUCCAUGAGCGCCCGGGUCACCUUCACCUACGAGCACCUCUCGGCCCCACUGGAGAUGACGGUGUGGGUGCCCAAGCUGCCGCUGCACAUCGAGCUCUCGGACACCCGGCUGAGCCAAGUGAAGGGCUGGAGGGUGCCCAUCCUGCCAGAUAGGAGGUCGGUGCGGGACAGCGAGCACGAGGAGGACGAGGAGGAGCGGAAGCAGAGCCGGGGCUGUGCCCUGCAGUACCAGCACGCCACGCUGCAGGUCUUCACCCAGUUCCACACCACGGCGGCGGAGGGCACGGGGCAGGUGGUCACCAUGCUGGGGCCCGACUGGCUGGUGGAGGUGACCGACCUGGUCAGCGACUUCAUGCGCGUGGAUGACCCGCGGGUGGCCCACCUGGUGGACAGCUUCACGCUGGCGGGGAGGGAGCCGGGCACCACGCUCUUCAAGGUGGUGUCCCCGCUCGUGGAGGCAGUGCUGGGUGAGACGCUGGUGACGGUGGCGGAGGAGAAGGUCAGCAUCACGGACCUGAAGGCCCAGGUGGUCUCCAGUCUCUCGCUGUCCCUGCACCCCAGCCCUGGUAAUAGUCACACCAUCAUCGCCCGGACGGCCGCCCAGCAGACCCUCAGCUUCUUCAAGCAGGAAGCGCUCCUGAGCCUGUGGAUUUCCUACAGCGACGGCACCACGGCCCCGCUCUCCCUCUACGACCCCAAGGACUACAACCUGGUGGUGAGCAGCCUGGAUGAGAAGGUGGUCUCGGUGACCCAGGACCGGGCCUUUCCCUUGGUGGUGGCGGAGAGCGAGGGCGCCGGGGAGCUGCUGCGGGCCGAGCUGGUCAUCUGCGAGAGCUGCCAGAAGACCAAGCGCAAGAGCGUGCUCUUCACGGCCCUGGCCAGCGUGCGGGUCCAUUUUGGCUCUGAGGAGGACCCGACCUAUGACUACGACCACGUCCCCAGCAAGCCGGGGCCGGCGGAGCCGGGGGCAAGCACCACCCUGCGGGCAGAGGUGGAGAGGAAAGCGGAGCCGAGCGAGGACAGUCGGAUGUCCAGCGCGUCUCACCCCACCGAGGACUUCCCCACCAUCCCCACCGGCUUUGUCCAGGUGACCAGGGGGCUGACGGACCUGGAGAUAGGCAUGUAUGCCCUCCUGGGCGUCUUCUGCUUGGCCAUCUUGGUCUUCCUCAUCAACUGCAUUGUCUUUGUGCUGAAAUACCGGCACAAACGCAUCCCGCCCGAAGGCCAGACCAACAUGGACCAUUCCCACCACUGGGUCUUCUUGGGCAAUGGGCAGCCCUUGCGGGCUCACAAUGACCUCUCCCCUCAGCCCGAGAGCCCCGGGAACCCCUUGGAAAACGUCCAGACCUGCUGCCACGCGGACCACCACAGCAGCGGGAGCUCGCAGACCAGCGUGCAGAGCCAGGUCCACGGCCGAGGGGACGGUUCCUCGGGGGGCUCCACGCGGGACCAGAGCGAGGACCCCCUCAACUCGCCCACCUCCAAGAGGAAGCGGGUGAAGUUCACCACCUUCGCCACGCUGCCCACCGAUGAGCUGGCCUACAACUCCAUCCCCAUCGCCGAUGAGGAGGACUUGGAGUGGGUCUGCCAGGACAUGGGGCUACAAGACCCCGAAGAGCUUCACAACUACAUCCGCAGAAUCAAAGAGAUCGCUUAACGCAGGGGCAGAGGGGACAGGGUGGGAGGGAGGGGGCUGCCACGCUGUGCCAUGCCACGCCACGUCACGCCACGCCACGCCGGCCGCUUCCUGGGGGCCAGAGACCCAAAUCGGGCUCUCUUGUGUGUUCCCCUUCGCACAUCUCACAUCCUCCUCAGCCCGACCGGAGGCACCCCCGGGGCCCUUUUUCUUUUCUUGCUCUUUCCCGUCUGGUUGUCCCCAGGGGAGGCAAGGAGCACACGCACAGCCACCGAGCCUGCUGGUGAGCGGGGGGGGGCAUGAGGGAGGUGAGCCAUGGAUUGGAGAUGGAUGAGGUCAAAACCUGAGUGUGGGCGACGGCGAACAGGGCAGGACGAUGCCGUGGGUCCUGUGGGGCAGAGGGUGGAAGAGUGGAGACAUCCUGGCCCCCUCCCAGGAGCAGAGGAGGGAGGUGGGGGGUGGGGGUCCCCAAAGGCACCCCCAUUGUACCCAGGGGGUCGCACAACCCCCUUUGCUGCACCUGGUUGCACAAUUUCAGAGGUGAGUGCUGGUACAAGGAUUCGCCGUCCUAUGGCUGUUGGGGUGUGGGGUGCACAGCCCGGACCCCCCCCCCUGAGCUUGCUGUCUGCUCCGUGUGGAGAUGGUGACAUUAAUGUUUGGCAUCCCUCGGGGACCACGUGCCUCCACCCCAGGGCUGCUGGUUUCUGGCCUCCCAGUGCUGGGAAAUGGCUGGGAGACACUGUGGGAGCUUCCCACCACCCACCUCGGUGCCAGCCCGGUGGGGACACCAUGCCUGGUCCCAGCCCAGUUCCCCCCAGUCCCAGCCCAGCAGGGAUGCCCGCAGCCAGGCUCAGCCUCCGUGGUGCCUUCUGACUGCCAUAACCUCCCCGGCCACCGCGUCCCCAGCCCCAAAGGCACCCCCAUCAUGGAGCAUCCUCAGCCAGGCUGACCCCGUGGGGACCACCGGGUACCGGGGCUGGUGGGUUGGGGGUCCCGAGCAUCAUCCGGCGGAGGGGGCAGGCGGCGGCUGGCAGCGGAUUAUUUCUGGAUCGGAAGUUACCCACCACUGUGUCUAUUUUUUUUUUUCUUAAAUAAAAGACUAGAAAAAGAAAAAAAAAAAACAAACCCACGAUGAAAUGGAAAGCCAAAGGCGCUGCAGUGCCCUAUCCUACAUCGGGGCUGGUUUGGGGUCACCCCCAGCCAGGUGGGCUCUGCUGGGGGGGAAAGGGUGCACACAGCACUGUCUGCCCCCCUGCAUCCCAAACUGAGGGCAGAGCCGCUGCUGGCACCCUGAGGGCACCGAGCACUGACACCCAUCGGAGCACUGAGCACUUUGGGGACAAAGCUGUGGAUUUGGGGCUCACCCCUCCCCAGUCCUCCCCACCUUGGCUUCCUGAUCCCACCAGUCCCCGUGCCUCAGUUUCCCUGGCAGGACAGCAGCAGCCUGGGGCAGCGUCUUGAAAAGUCUCUUUAAGGAGUUUAUCUUUUUGGGGCUAUGGAAAUUUCUCCCCCGAGCAGCCUUAAAACUUUCCCGAUAGCUCUAUGCUGGUUUUAUGUACACAUAUCCAUACAUAUAUGUGUGAGGGAAUUGAGAUGUGCUCAAAGACCAGGUGGGUGAUGCAGUUAUGUUUUACUGUGCCCUCUUAUCUAAAGGACACAGGUCUGGCUGUGCGAGCCGCCGAUCUGAUAGCGCUUCUGAGCAGGAAAAUUAAUACGGCCCAAUUCCCUGCCUGGAGCCACCAAACCUCCUCGUUAAAUUAACAUACAUGAAUAUUUGUUAAAAAAAAAAAAAAAA